AAUGAAAGCAUUCGUCAUCUCAAAAUAUGGUACUAAACCACUUUGGUAAUAAGUUCUUAAACCUUCUCUAUUGUCACACUAAGUUAUGAUUAAAGUGAGAUAUGCUCCUGUAAACCCAGCAGACAUCUACUACUCUUUAGGCAUCUAUGGAAUCAAAAAGGCUCUUCCCACUUAAUUAGGAAUGGAAGGAGUUGGUGAAGUAGUUGAAGGAAAACAUAAGGGGAAAUUAGUAGCAUUUCUACCUGCUAGAUAAGUUGGAAGUUGGGCAGAAUAUGUUGCAGCUAAUGAAAAUGAUAUUUAUGAAGUGGAAAAUGAUAUAUAAGGUAGUAUGGCUAUAAUUAAUCCUUUUACUGUUCUUGGAUUCUAAGAAAGGGCCAAAUAAUUUAAGAGUAUCUUAUUUUCUUCUGCUCGAUCAUCCACUGCAAUUUAAGGAAUCAAGCUUUUUAAAGAAUUAGGAAAGGAUGUUUGGGCAGUUGCUAAGGAGAAUAAAGAUUAUGUUAAUACAUUGGUGGAUGAUGAGAAUCUCUUAUAAAACAUUCAAAAGAACAUCAAAGAAAAAACAAUCUUUUUUGAUUCAACUUCUGGAGAUAAGGCUGGAACUAUUUUAACAUAAUUACCAGGAAAUAGUGUUCUUGUAAAUUAUGGAUCAUCAACUGCUACAUAUAUAGGAAAGAUCAAUCCUAAUUAAUUGAUAUUUAAUGGAAAAUCUAUUGAAGGUUUUUGGAUGCACAAUUACUAUAAUUCAUUAACUAGAUAAUAAAAAGAGGUUGCCUUUAAAUAUAUCAAUUCUAAACUUGAUAAUAUUUUUAAAUCUGAUAUUUAUCAAAUAGUUAAACCAUAAGAUAUUUCAGGUGAAGAAUUGUUCAAAAUAUAGAGUUAGACUCGUGGAUAAGGUAAGAUUAUUUUAGAAUUUAAAUGA